AAGAAAAAAGUGCAGAUCAUAUGAAAAUUAGAAAAUACGUUCCAUUUUGAGUGUAAAAGUUUGAGUUUUCUUGUUAUUUUUAGUAUAGAACCAAUUUUUUAUCGUUUUUGUCGCGAACAAACGCAUUUUUUUUUUUGAACAAUAAUGUCGUUUUGAAGGCGAGAAAUAGAAAAAUAAUGAUCAUGGUAUCGCAUCGAAUUUUUGUGAUUCAACUUUUAUCGGUGCAAAAAUACAUCACAAUGGAGUUUUUAGUGCAAAAACGAACACAAUUUUGAAAAUGAUUCUAUAUAAUGUGAACGUAAUAUUGUUUGUGUAAAUGUGUAAAUUGAAGAAAUCAAGUAAAUCAAACAUCACACUAAAUUGACCAAAAAUGAGUAGACAUAGUUUAUUUAUUUACUCUAUUAGUAUAAGAGUGACGAGUCGUCAUUCAAUUAAGUGUUUCAAUCAACAGCAACAUAAAUCCAUCGAAGCAAUCUAAAAUACACGAUUGCCCGCAAAUAAUUCUGUUUUUUUCUUCUUAAAUCGAUGAUAAUUGAAGCGAUUUACGGAAAAUUUUACGCUGAUUGAGAUGAACUAAAUAAAAUAACACAAAAUAAAUAGACAGAAAAAAGUAAAGUGAAUGGAGAAAGAUUUCGUAUCAAAAAAAUGGCAUUAUUUAAUAAAAUAUUUCAAUCAAGUAAACGCAAAAGUGGAGACCGUUUUUCAAAGAAUAAAAAUUCAAAUGAAAGUUUAUUUCCAUUUUCCGACGACCAAGUGCGAGUGCUGUUGUUUCGAGAGUGUGAUUGGAGCGGUCGACGAUUAUUAUUCGAUUCGGGUGCCGUGCAAAAAGUCAGUAUACCGGUGAAUCAAACAAACAACGAUAAAAAUGGAAAGACAACAAAUGACAAAUCCGAGUCAUUUAUUGAAAUCUGCAAUGGUUAUGGAUACAAAUACGAUCAUACAAUGGGCGAGAGUACGAAUAUCGGCGAAAUGGUUUUUGGAUCGGUAGCGAUGUCAUUCAAAGGCACAUCACUAAAGGUGCAUUGGCUUCGUGACCCGACUCGAAUUCUGUGCUCGCAAGUGUUUCUCUCUCCGCUACAUUCAAAAACGAGUUUUUGUCGAGGAAGAUCCACGAAUGAUGUGAAACCCAAUGAAAGCACGCACCGUGAUACAAAUGCCAAUGGAAAUUCAACAAAUUCGAUUUCAUUGUCGCUGUCAUUGUGUAUGACAGACAAAUCGAUUGAAAAGAAGGAAUCAAACACAUCGAUUCCAUUGAAUGUACCGUCAUCGUUUGAUCGAAGCAGUUUUAGUGGCUGUGACUCGGGUUUUUCGGGUAAUGAUUUGUCGAGUUCUCGAUCGGACCAUGGCAGUGUUGUAUCCAUAUUUAGUACCGAUCCAAAUAUGACGAGCCGGAAGUUAAGCAUCGACUCGGCUAUAUUGGUGGAUGCUGCAAUAAAUGGACGUAGUAGUGAUGGUUGUUUACAGCGUCGUAUUCAACGAAAUAUGUCCACGUCGUUUGAGAACAAUUUUUCACGAAAUGAUUUUAUCGGUUAUAUCGAUGAGAAUCGUGAUGACCGUUCGAUUUGCAGUGUUCCUGGGUCUAUGGUGCGCCGGCAUAGUGAUCAAUGUGAAAGUAAAAGCAAUCCGGAAAUGAUACGACGCCGGAAAAAUAGCGGAAAGGAAAGUUUGAAACCGCCACAUAUUCAUUUUUCCAGUUGUUCGUUACAGGCGAGAAACGCACAACGACGCUCAAAAAUUGGACUGGCCGUUUGCAUUCGAUUCAGCGAAUCGGCCGAAAAUGAAAUGCAAUUAUUUUGCUCUGAACAUAUUGUACUGCUUGAGUCGAUGCUGUGCAGACUCAGGGCAGCCGCUGAAUCAGCGUACAUUAAUCAAAAGAAAUUUCAUCAGUUAAUGUUACACGCUUGGUUGGCAACGACAACUUGGAUAACCGAUUUAUUUACAGCGCCCCGAUUAGAACCGAUAUGGUUUUCACUGAACAACACCCAUUCGGAUCGACCAAAAUAUUUGGCCAAACAUUUUAUGACCGAAUUAUGUUGGCUUUUGAACACUGCCGAUACCAAAGAUACAAAUUUUUUCGUGAGCACAUUGCUGACGGCAAUACUGACCAAUCAUUUGGGUUGGGUGGCAACAAUAGCACCAAUCGUAAAUGCUUCCAUGAACAACGAUCCAGUGAUAGCAAUCAAUCAAAAUCAAGCGAAAAUGUCUGAAAUAUCAAAAUUCCAUCCGUACAAUGUUCUCUGGGCUCAACUUGGUGAUUUAUACGGUUCAAUUGGGAAUCCAUCACGAUUGGCAAAGACAAUUGUAUGUGGAGCCCAUACAGUUACUAUAAAUAAAGUGCUUAGCGUACUCACGUACUUUAUGCGAUGCGGUGAUAUACAAAGAGUUGAAAGCACCAAAAUGUUGGAUAAAAUUGAAAUCGAAGAAAUUAUCAAAGGUAAACGAAAAAAAUCAUCCGUUUCAAAUGUUAGCCUGGAGGUGAAAGAAAAACCUGUUGAAAGAGGAACAGAAAAGGUCAGUGGACGGCCAGAAAUUUACACGGAAAUAAAGCAAGGUCACAUUGAGGUGGAGGGUAGUCAUGUUGAAUUGUCGAGUGCUCGCAUUGAAUCGAUGUACCCAGAGACGAAAGAUAGUCAAUCAAAAGGUCUAUCAAGGAGUAAAACUUGUUUAAAAAAUAUAGCAACCGUUGGUUAUGAACAUCCACUGACGGCAAAUGUUAUACGAACACAGUCUGAAUCGAAUUAUGAUGAUCGCCGAUUGAAUAAUUUAGAGAGUGAUAUAAAAAAUGGAUACCUCAAUAAAAAUGGUUCACCAAAUAGUACCAUUCGACUCAUGGUAACUAGUCCGAACAAUGAUCGAUUUGAGUACGAAACGGCGUCGGAGGCGAUUGAUUUCAUAUUGAAAAAAAUCGACAUAACAAAUGAAGAGGAAAUCAAUUCAAAACAAAUCAUACCAAAUAGUAUUGAUUCGAAUGGAAAUAGAUCGAAACGUAUGCGAUGGAGUAUCGAUACAGUCAAAGAGGGUAUCGUUAUUGAAAAAUGGAGGCCGGGCAUUGACAACAUUGAUAAUGUUGUCCAAAUAAAAAACACCGACCUUAAGCGGUCGCAAAGUGUCAAAAGCAAGCAAAAUACCACGAAUCACUUACGAAAAUCCAAGACUGUGUUUGAAAUAAAAUCCAGUGACAUUCAAAAUGUUGAAAAUAAUAAUAAGCUGGAGUUGAUUGCAUCGUUGCUGCAGAAAGUGAAAUUAAGCCAACAAUCGAGUGUAGAUAAUGAACAGACAUUGAAACCGGGUGGUAGUGUGGUUUUUGUCUUGGGCGACGAAGUGCUAAAAACGCCGCCACCAUCGCCAGCGCUGAGUAAUGAUCGAAUCGAAAGUAAUGCCGUACCGUCACCGUCAUUAGCAUCGCCCGUUCGACUGGACAUCCAAUCUGAAUUAAGCACACAAUUACCUAUCAAACGACCAUCCAACGAGCAAAGUGGCAGCACGGCCACAUCCAAAGUCAAAGAGAAUAGUACACCGAAAAAACGUUGUACGCACAAAAAACAUUCCGGAGUGAAAUUUAAUUUUGAGCAAUAUCCACAGAUCGUCACCAAUUAUAUGAAGAAUAAAAACUUAGACAUUACCAAUUACGAUUUUUUCGAAAAAGGUUUAAAACUAGAGCAAGAAACUGGUGCCAGUUCGACUAGUUUUCUACCAAUGCUUGCACCGCAAGAUGAACAUGAUGAACAAAACGAUGAAGAGCAAUGUGAAUGUUGCGCCAAUACAUUCCGUAUGUUUCAAACACCAUCCAAUGCCACCGAAUUGGAAUUUUCCAAUGAUGACACCGUCUAUCCGGUUCCAAUUACAAAACCAACAAAACUCAGAACGGUUAUCGAAAAUGAAAGCACAUUGAAUGAGACUGAGGUGCAGACGAACGAGAAUCGAGAAAUUGCUGUUAAACGAGAAAAUGUUGAGAUUAACGAUGAGAAUGAUAACGGCGGUGAACGUUCGAAAAAAGUAAAUAAUUCCAAAAGGCUUAAGCUAAUCACAUUGCCAAUUCCAAAAACGGACAUUCUAAGCGAUAGCAAAAAUUGCGGCCGGAUACGACCGGGCUAUGUGCCGUCGCUAUUCGUUGGCAUCACCGAUCAUUUCAUUCCAGAUAUGGUAUUACAAGGUAUCACAUCGCCUCAAACCAAGUGGGAGCCAAUUUUGAAACAAAACCUAACACUUGCAUCACAUUGUGCCACAUUCGAACAAAUGCGCAUGGAAAACGUUGCAAUCAUUGCCAAUAUUGAUAAAUGGGACGUUCAAUUGGUAUCAUCACAAACGUGUGCAUUGUCAUCCAAAAGCCCUGGAGAGCCGAUCGGUAUGUCACAGCUAGUAUCGAAUAUGCUCGAAACUGUUCAUGCUAUGUGGUUGGCGGGCACAUCCGCAUACCAAUGUAUGUCAUUUUUGGAGUCAAAACUCAAAGAAAUUUACCUACAAUCGGAAACAUUGGCCGCUUUUCUAUUGGCCACCGAAUUUUGUUCGCUGAACACCGUUACAACUGCAUUAAAUUUAUCCGCAAAUGAUGUACCGUUAUUGCUUUCGGUUGCUUCAAUACAUUCGCCACAGGUUACGAAAAAAUACGGCAUCAGCUUCAGAUAGCAGCACACACGUUUGGCAACAAUCACUGUGAUGAAAUUGGUUCGCAAACAAUACUCAUUUCUUCAUUUUAUUUUACAUUUUCGAACAUUGAUUUUGUGUAUGUCUUGAACUUUU